CGUGAAAUCGGGACUUUCGCCAAGGUUGGGCGAGCUAGCAAUUGGAUGGGCCGAAACCGAGGAGCUGACAUGAGAUAUACGUCUGCCAUCAUAGCCCUUCUACUAAGCGUCCUCGUUUGGCGAAGCAGACGCCUGCUAUACAACAAUAUACUAUUCACGCCGGUUCUCCCUCCCGCUUAUUACGCCUACGGGAAUGCUACGCUGCAAUGUACCUUCCCUCGUGCGGACGACGUCGACUUCUUUCUCGCAGACGACGCCAUGUCCCCUCUUGCAGACGAAUUCAAGUACUGCGAGGACGUAGUUUUCUGGGACAUUGGUUCUCAAGCCGGAGAAGCGCACGCCACGCGUCGCGCCAUCAUCAGCUGCGAUGCGGGCAGGAAGGCGUGGAACACCGUCAUGGGUCCUUUGCUGAACCCCAAGCCGAGGGGCUCUGUGUGGGUUAUGGACGUUGCUAAGGGCGCGGCGCCAGCGCGUCUCGAACUCGCGGGGUUUCCACCAGACCAUGACUUCCACCCACUUGGCCUGGACAUUUAUCCGUCUCAUGACGGCGAGCCUUCCAACCUCUUUGUCGUCAACCACGCAAGGGGACGCACCUGCAUAGAACAGUUCACAGUCUCUCCGUCUGGGCAAGCAAUCGCGACCUACGUCCGCACCCUCGACUCUCCUCAUUUCAGUUCGGCAAACUCCCUGGCGCUUACGUCCCCAACUAGUUUCCUGGUCACGAACGAUCACCUCUUCACACGGCGCCUGCCGUUCCCGCUCAACCACCUCCUUCCAAUCGCCGAAUCUAUUUUGUCGCUGCCCCUAGGCUGGGUUGUGCAUGUUAGGCUCGAGCCGAAAGAUGACCGUGCGGACCGCGAGGAUGCCGAGUCCGCGGCAGGCUCGCCACAAGCUAUUGCCACCGUCGACGUAGUGGCACCCUUCAUUCCCUUCCCCAACGGUGUCGCGGUCUCGCCCACCCGCGAUACCGUGGCCGUGGCUUCGACUACCACCGCGGAGGUCCGUCUUUACCACGUAGCUGGCCGCUCCAACCAUGUGUCUUUCAUACCGGACUUGACGAACUACGGGCUUGAGCUUAGGGACACCAUCUCCCUGCCUUUCCUUCCCGACAACCUCCACUUUGCGGACGAUGGCUCGCUCGUCGUCGCUGGCCAUCCGAACUUCCCCCAGUUGGCCGCGCUUGCCAGGGGUGGCACAGACCCUGCGGGUAGCUGGGUCGUGCGGAUCGCGAGGAAAGACGUGGAAAAGCCUGGCAAUGACGCUCCGGCCCUCAACGCGGUACAUCCACGCUUCGACAUUCAAACCCUAUAUCAGAGCAACGGCGCUCAGCUGCAGACCUCGAGCGCCGGGCUAUACGAUGUGGGGAAGGGCCUAUUGAUCAUGGCGGGGUUGUAUGCGGAGCCGGGCGUGCUGAUGUGCGCCUCGGCGUCGUGAUACAGUCUUCUCUAUCCUUCUGUGCCGCUCGAGUCGGCGGCAGUAUAGAGAUGACGAAUGAUAGAUGGCUCUCGUCGACAUCUUGCCAGUUCCCUCGAGCUCGAAGCGGGGCUGCUUUCCCCACGUGCGGCUCGAUCUCAGGCAUCUGCAGGCGAAGCAGGGUAGCAAGAUAUAGACUGACUGGCGCUCGGGGUCAGUUUCAGGUGGCUCAGAGAAUCAGGGGAGAUGGAGGACGCGGAGAACGCGGGAAAGCGGCCACCGAUCGAGGAGAAGGGUUCGGAGACGACGAAGGCUUCAGUCGUGCAUAUGUUCUCGAACUGCAAUUUCUCCGCAGCUUGCUGACUCGAAUAAAUAUUUAGAUAUAUGCGGCAGUCCUGUCGACGAUA